AUGCACAACAGUCUUUUCUUAUUACCACUUUCAUUACUCCUAGCGCUCCUUCAACAGUCUUGGGCAGUCAGGAUCCCCUUUACAGUCAAAUUCACAGACAAGCCAACCGCCUCCCUCACCCGCCGCGCACGACUCGACAUUGGCAACACCGGAAACGCUCAAUAUGUCGCAAACAUCUCCAUAGCUGGCAAUGAGGUCCCUGUAUUGCUCGACUCUGGCAGCUCGGAUCUAUGGGUUCACUUUGCCAGCCCACCGGCCAACCGCGACCAAUUCAUCGACACUGGAAAGCAUGUAACCCUCUCUUAUGCAAUUGGAAGAGCAACAGGCAACGCACACAGAGCACCAGUCUCUUUUGGAGGAUACACUAUAAAAGACCAAGCCUUCCUUCUCGUCGAAGAUGCCAGCACCUUCACAGGCGAUAUCCACGCACAGGGCUACGACGGCCUCUUUGGCAUCGGCUUCAACACCGGCAGCGUCGUCCGCAAGAAACUAGACAAGAAAAACGCCGACACAACCAUGCAAAACAUCUUCAACCACGCCAAAUUGGGCUCCAACUAUAUUACCUUCUUGCUGGACCGACAGAAUGACCCGGCAGACCCCUUCAAGGGCGAGAUGACCAUCUCGGAGAUCAUCCCUGGUUUCGAGAACAUCACCAGCAUGCCAAAGCUGGACGUUGAGACUGUGACUAGAUUGCUCAAGUCGGACCAGCAUUGGCAAGCCCUCACAGACAAGAACAAUGCCAUCACCGGUCCAGACGGCAAGACAAUCCAAGUCGACUCCAUCGUUCCACGAGCGCCAAGUGGCCAACUCGUCGCUGUCAUUGACUCUGGCUUCACAUUUUCCCAAGUCCCACGAGAAGUUGCAGACCAGAUCUACGGCCGCGUAAAGGGCGCUGUCUACGACACACAAAACGAGUGGUGGCUGGUUCCUUGUGGACAGUACCUCAACAUCGCCUUUAAUUUUGGUGGCAGAUCUUACCCUGUUCACCCCCUCGAUACCGUCGAUGAUAACUUUAACAAGAUUGAUGCUUCAGGAAAGAAAGUCUGCAUUGGCUCGUUCCAACCCAUCACAACUGCAUUCAGUUUGCUUGGUCACUACGACAUGAUUCUAGGCAUGAACUUCCUCCGAAGCGUCUAUACCCUCCUCGACUUUGGCGACUGGGUCGACAAUGGCGAAGAUACGCAUCCCUACAUCCAAAUGGUCUCCCACACCACUGUCGAAAACGGCCGCAGCGACUUUGUCCAAGUCCGAUUGGGAGGCAGUGAUACAAUCGACACCGACUCGCGCUGGCAACUUCUCCCCUUUGAGCAAAUGGUCCACUCUCCCGUUUCCGACGAAGAAAAGAAGAAGAAAUACCAAGAAAUGGUUCUCAGUCGAUGGCCGUACAUCCUACUUGGCUGCUUGGCGUUUGUGGCUCUGAUGAUUGGGUUGUGUAUCUGGAAGUGCUGCUGCAGCCGAAAAAAGAAGGGCGGGAAGAGGGGUCUUGCGGGGAACAAGAGGCUCGGGUUUGGGAUGGGAGAUGAUAGGCAGGCAAGGCAGGAUGCGGAGGAAGCUUAUAAUCGGGGCGCCAUGUCGUCUUCUGGCAAAGGCGGCGAAGCGUAUCUCCCACUUGAAAGCCAGAGUCAGGUCAACCUUCCGGCCACGAGAUACAGCGAGGGAAGGCCUUCGGCUCAGUUUGACCGAGCGAGUCAGCAUUCGGGUCACCAUCCCUACCCACAACACCAGCAGCCAUAUUCGCCGUAUCAUGAUCAGUAUUCGAGUUCGAAUGUCGAUCUGGGGCAACCACAGCAAGGGUAUGCGGACUAUAGAAAUAGCGGGCAUAGUGGGCAUUCCGGUUACGGACAGCAACACACGCCUAACUAUGGUGGUGGGUAUGGGUAUCGGUAG